AUGGGAUGCGUGGAACGGCUGACAUCUGGCACUGGGAAGUGGAGAGAGCCUGUCCGCGCAGAAGCAGCAGCGCCUGGGGCGGCUCGCCGUGGGGUGCCUGCUCGCCGGCGGGCCCUUGGGAGCUGUAGUUUCUCGGGCUCCGCGGGCGAGGGCAGGGUGAAUCCGUGGCUGGGAGGGUCUGGUGUCCUGGACCGCAGAUUCUCUGAGCUGCUGCGCCCUUCCCAGGUGUACGAACAGCUGUAUGACACCCUGGACAUCACUGGCAGCGCUGAGAUCCGGGCCCACGCCACAGCCAAGGCCACUGUUGCCGCCUUCACCGCCAGUGAGGGCCACGCACAUCCCAGGGUAGUGGAGCUGCCGAAGACGGAUGAAGGCCUGGGCUUCAACAUUAUGGGGGGCAAGGAGCAGAACUCGCCCAUCUACAUCUCCCGUGUCAUUCCUGGAGGCGUGGCUGAUCGCCAUGGAGGCCUCAAGCGUGGGGAUCAGCUGCUGUCAGUGAAUGGUGUGAGUGUUGAGGGCGAGCAGCAUGAGAAGGCCGUGGAGCUGCUGAAGGCGGCCCAGGGCUCGGUGAAGCUGGUGGUGCGAUACACACCGCGCGUGCUGGAGGAGAUGGAGGCCCGCUUUGAGAAGAUGCGCUCCGCCCGCCGGCGCCAGCAGCAGCAGAGCUACUCGUCCUUGGAGUCUCGAGGCUGAAACCAUAGCUCUGGACCCUCACCCUGAACCCCUCCCCUGUACAGUAUUUAUUGUCACCGGCUCCUUAUUUAAAGAUCUUUCACCCUC